ACUUCAUCUCCAUGAAAGAAAGAAGAAGACAUCAGAUAACAUCUCAAGACAAUGAUGGAGAUGACUGCUACACCUUCCUAUCACACCAAUACAACAGGUGAAGAAAUUGGCUCUUCUAAUGACAACUAUGCUGAUCUGAGAAGGUCUCUCAACAUCAUGUCUGUCGUUAUCUACUCCCUGGAUUUCGUUCUGGGUGUGCUCGGAAAUGGAGUGGUUAUCUGGGUGACUGGGUUCAAAAUGAAGAAAACAGUGAACACAGUUUGGAUCCUCAACCUUGCUGUGGCUGACUUCCUCUUCACAGCUUUCCUUCCUUUUAGAGUGAUAUACACAGCUCUGGGUUUCCACUGGCCUUUCAGCAAGUUCAUGUGCAAACUGGACAACACAGUAAGAUUUCUGAACAUGUUUGCCAGUGUCUACAUUCUGGUAGUGAUCAGUGUGGACAGAUAUGUGUCUGUGGUGUGGCCAGUCUGGGCCCAGAACCACCGCAGUGUACACAAGGCGUCCUAUGUGAGUCUGGGUGUCUGGGUGCUGGGUCUGAUUCUCAGCCUUCCAUACUUCAUUUUCAGGGACAUUGGGCCAUCAUCUGAUGAUGAAACAUUCAUCAACUGCUACGACAACUAUGCCUUUUCUGAUGACUACAAAACACUGUCUGUGAAUCAGUUACCACUUCUUAAUUUUAAGGCCAUGACCAUCAGUCGCUUCCUCCUGGGUUUUGUUGUUCCCUUCACUGUCAUUGUCUCCUGUUAUGCUGCGAUAAUCCAUCGUCUCAGGAGGAACCGUACCAGGGCCAGCCACUCAAGUCGCCCCUUUAAGAUCAUCGCUGCUGUUAUCACUGCUUUUUUCCUGUGCUGGGCUCCCUAUUACAUCAUGACUCUAAUAGAGUUAUGGCAUCACAUUGAUAAUAGGUCAAGUGGAGUAUUAAAACUUGUCAUCACUAUCGGGGGCCCUUUAGCCACCAGCCUGGCCUAUCUUAACAGUUGCCUGAAUCCACUGCUGUAUGUCUUCAUGGGCCAAGAUUUCAAGGAUAAAGUUCGCAAAUCCAUCCUGAAUGUAUUUGAGACUGCUUUCCGGGAGGAGGUUUCCCGUUUGCACACUGACACAAAGUCAGUGGACACCAGUCCGAGUCUUGACAUGUCAAUUCUAAAUACUCAAGUAUAAGGUUGUGACAUGAAUAAACAAAUACUGAAACUGCACAUAAGAAAAUAACUUUGACAUAAAUGUAAAUGUAUAUACAUCACUAGUCAAAAGUUUGGACACACUUUCUCCACAAUAUCAAAUUCCUUGUUUCGUCUUUUGUUGUCUUUAAAAAAGGACUUAGAUUCCCAAAUUGAAAUGUUGGAACCUGUUGAAGUUUGAUUAAUGUGAGUUGUAUGAUUAGAUAACUGAUUAGGUCAAACACAGUGUACUAGAUCUUAACUGCACUUACAGUAUUAACAAUCUGAUUGAAGGGACUGGUGGUAAUAUUGUACAAUAAGGUAGCAGCUUCAUAGUUAACUUGGGUUAGGUGUCUAUUAUUCCUUAACCCCUGUUAUGUUGUACCAUGAACCAUGAAUGAUUGUUAUUGCAAUACUCGCUCAUCAUUAUUUUACAUUAUCAAAAGAUUAUUUUUGACUCAGCUUGUGCCUGAAAUCUCUUUCUCUAGUCUCUGAUGCAACACCUCAUGAUGAUUUAAAAAAAAAAAACAAAAAAAAACCUAAGUGUUUGUGUUAGUGACAGGGCCAAGAUUAAAGAGGAAAUCGUGAUUGUGGUUUAUCUUUCACUUUUAGAUCUGGGGCGCUGUGCUCAAGCUUUCUUUCCUUUUUCACCUCAUAAUAAUUUACUGUAACUACUAAGCUGUCAAUCAUAAGAUAUACUUUUUGUUGUUGAACAUCUUUUUCAUUUUAUAUUAGACUUUUUUUGUAAUAUUAAUUGACCAGCAGAGGGAACUGUUUUAUAUAGUUUAGUAUAGUCCAGGUCAAAAGGGGUUCUCAGCUAAAGUCAAACUUGUUGAUUUACAUGAUUUGUUUAAAUUACCAAUUUGCCUCUCUGAAGCAUGAACUUCCCUUGUGAGUGUAAAUGCCUUUGACAGUUGAUUUGAAAUUAAUUUUAAUCAUUCAUUUCAUUUGUUACUGAGUUCGUCUUAACACAUACACAGCAAACCUAGUGUUUGCUUGGUCUUGUAUUGUAAUCUCAGUUUAUUUGUCUGUACAGUCAUUUUCACAAAGAAAAUCACCCUGAAAUGUCUAUUUCUUGGUGGUGAACUGAGAACGUAUAUGCCAUUGAUUUAUGUAUAUUGCCACCAUCCAUGUGGUAAUGCCACAGAAAGUUAUUAAUCUCAAUUUUGACUGCUGCACAUGCUUUGACAAACAUGUAAUUGUGUAUUUUUAUUUUUUUAUUAUUACUUUUACUGUAAGGCUAACACAUGUCUAAUAAAUGGUAGUUCCUGUGAGCAUAUAAUGCAGCAGCUGCUUGGUUUACUUGACUUGGUUUGGUCUUUUGUUCAGUUAAGUACCAAGUUAAGUACCAAGCACGAUGUACUUCAUUAUUAUUGUAGAUUUUCUUCAUGAUAUUCCCUGACCUGCAAAGGAAACAGUUUUACAUAUUUAAGUAAGAUGUGGGCACCUUCACAGUCAUUUGUGAUAAUAUAUAAAUAUUUUGGAUAGGGUUUUGUGCCAAAAUCAGUAAUUAUCAGUAGCUGUUACAUCAUUCUGUAUUACUAUGAUCAAUUAUAAAUGCAUGGAUUGCAUCAGUUAGUAUAGAUAUAUUUGUAAAUAUAUGAUAACCUAUUUCUUAAACACAUUUUACAUUCUUUAUACAAGGAGGAAAAACAUAUGAAUUCAUUUACAUCCUUCCUCAUCCUUUCACAUGAUCAUUUAAUUAUGUAUGCAAAGCAUUUUCCUCUGUCUUUUAAAAACUUUGAUGUUAUGAUGUUGCUUGACACAAUCUUAAACACAUAUUUGUGGAGAACCUCUCUUGUCAACUAGAAUUGUGAUUAAAUUUAUGGGAACGUUUCA